UCCACAACACUUGAGCCUUGAGCGGUAUAUGUGGGUAUAUUAAGCACAUCACAAUACAUGAGAACACGUCAUAAUACACUUCGUUGCUAACAUUCUCAACAUCUAAGAAGCUAUAAACCAUGGACGACGAUACCCCCAACAAGAAGAAGUACAACGGUUACGAAAACGUUUUGCUGUUUGUAAACAAGAAAAUAAUUACCCUUUGCGAUGAUGAAGUUAAGCGGAACAACGUCAUACUGCGCGGGAUCGUCGAACAGGUUAUUGCGGCGCUGAAAAAGAAUUCUGAAUUAUUCAGGACGAUCUACAAUGAACUGUUCUACGGAGGCAGCUUUUACGAUGGACUUAAAGUCGGCAAACCGGAGGAGUUCGAUUUGGACUUGCUGUUGUGUCUGCCAUCGUCGAUACAAGCAACGCUGAUACCAGUCCCCGAGGUACCGGGAUUCGUGAAAUGCAUGGUGAACGAUUCCAAAGGGAUCAGCGAGAUCGUCGACGAUACCAGCAGUUGUUUGACGACCACCAAGGUUCUAUCCUGGAUGGAGGGAUUAAUUACAAAAGCAAUGGAUGAAUUCGAGCAAAGCGGUACCCAACAUAAAAUCCUUGUCAACAAUGAAACCUACUUAACCCAUGUAUCCAAGAGUGGACCUGCUUUUACAUUGAAAAUCAAUGGAAACAUAAAUUCGAAGCCGAUACAGCUCGAUGUGGACUUGGUGCCAUGCUUCGUUUUCGAUGACAGCAAAUGGCCGUCGGGCAAUUUCGAGAAGAACACCACGAAAGAGAAGAAAUUCUUCAUUGUCCCGAAACAACCCAAAAUCAACUCAAAAAAUAUGAAGCAAUAUUGGCGUAUGUCUUUCCAAAAGCAGGAGCGACUGAUAAUGUCGGGGAACAAAAACGUGAAGCCCGCCGUUAAGUUGAUAAAAAAACUUCGAGACAAGUUCCAGCAGAACAUGAUCAGCAGUUAUUUCAUCAAAACCAUGUUCUUGUGGGAGGUGAAGAAGCGUCCAAAACCGUUCUGGGAAUGCAGUCUCAGUUUCGUCUUCGUAGAGAUGUUGCAAGUCUACUACGAUCAUCUUCAGAGAGGGGAGAUUCCUUACUACUGGAACAAGAAGAACAAUUUAAUAGCAAACAUUAGUCCGAUCACACUUUCCAACAUGGCCAAUCGAAUCAAAGGAUACAUAGAUACAAUAAACAAGAACGUCAACAAUCCUAUCUGCAUUGCGAAAGAAUAUUUGAAUGAUGAAGAUAUCGAGGAGUUGAGAGAAGAGUUUCAGCUACCCAACAAGUGCAAGAAAAACUUGAAACUGAAUACAUCAGAUGAUUCUUCAUUGCAGUCUUUGAAUGGUAGCAGUUCUAAUUUGGAAGAAAUCGCAUCGGCAAUGAAACUGAUGAGCAAGGAAAUUUCGGAUUUACGCUCCGAAAAUGGUAUAAUGCGUGUAGCGAUAGUGUCUAUGGAAGCAAAGCUCAAAGAUAUCGAAGAUGUUAACAGACUUUUGUUGAAGUAUUUGCAACAAAAAUGUAGCUAGCAUUUUUCUUGCAAAUUGUGAUUUUUCUAUUUUUUUACUUGUAAAAUAUUUUUUACUCUACAGAUUAUAUCAUACUGUAGCAAAUUAAAAUUAGUAA